AUGAUGAAAGCAGUACUUAUCAACGGUGCAACCGGAAAGCAAGGAGGCGCCGUUAUAAAGAAUCUCGUCGCAAAGAACGCCCCCUUUGAGAUACUCGCUGUCACGCGCAACCCGCAGUCCCCGUCGGCCCAGCGACUGGCAAAGUUAUCACAAAACAUCAAGUUAGUGAAGGGUGAUCUCAAUGACCCAGCGAACAUCUUUCAAAAUGCCCAGAAAGUCACAAAAACUCCCAUCUGGGGUGUCUUUAGUGUGCAGGUCGCAAUCGGCAAUGAAGCCCAGGAAAAUAUCCAAGGCAAAGUAUUGAUUGACGAAGCACUGAAACAAAACGUUAAAUUCUUCGUAUACAGCUCCGUGGACCGCGGUGGCUCAUCCGUUUCACCCAACAACCCAACUCGCAUCCCGCACUUCAUCAGCAAGCACAACAUUGAGCAAUACCUUAUCGAGAAGAGCAAAGGUACUGACAUGGAGUGGUUUAUCCUCCGUCCGACGGCAUUCUUCGAAAAUCUCACUCCGAAUUUCUUCGGUAAAGUGUUUGCGACUUGUUUCAAGAUGGCGCUCAAGGGGAAACCGUUGCAGUUGGUAGCGACCAGUGAUAUUGGUCAUUUUGCUGCCGAGGGCUUUCUGCAUCCGGAGACGUAUGCCGGGCAAGGGCUGUCGUUGGCAGGUGACGAGUUGACUUUUGAUCAAUUUGCGAAGAUUUUUGAGCAAAAGACUGGACAAUCAAUUCCAUUGACUUUCCGGCCGUUUUGUUCGCUCUUGAUGACCUUGAUGAAGGAUUUAGGGUAUAUGUUCCAGUGGUUCCAUGAUGAAGGGUACAAAGCAAAUAUUGCUGAGUUGAAGCAGAUGCAUCCGGAGUUGAAGGAUUUUGGGACGUGGUUGGAGAAGGAGAGUGAGUUCAGGAAACAUUAG